UACACAUCCUGGUGACACUUGGCGAUAACUGCAGUUGUCAGCUAAAAUCUUAUCCUAGUGAUAGGCUAGCAAACAACUUACAGGUCUUGCGUAGCUCGAAAGCCGUGCUGCUUUUGUCAUAGCAUGGUGACAGCAAGUACAAAAAAACGCUCACGGGUGCAUCAUAUAUGCAUACAAAACAUGGGUUCUCACUUCUCAGCCAGAGACAUCUUUCUACUAGAAUCCUCCAACUCCCCCUUCAGUUGCAUAGCCAGAAGCUUCUAGGAACACAAAUCCAGAACCAGGAGCAACAGGAAUGGGCUCCUUUGCUAAUGGCCAGAAUGGUUCAGAGCUUGGCAUCCAGAUGCCGGCCAUGGGGAGCAGCGCGGUGCUGGAGCCUCCCACAACAUCUGUAGCACCAAGAUGUCCACGGCUGGACAUGGCCAUGGUGGCAACCAGAGCUGCAGCCCUCGUGAUGGCGCUGCUCUCAAUGUCGCUCAUGGUCUCCGCCAGGCAACGGGGUAGUCUCAUCAUCUUUGGCAUCGAGAUUCCACUGUAUGCCAAAUGGUCCCUCUCUGAUUCGCUGAAAUCCUUGGUUGGGAUAUCUGCAGCAGCAGCUGCCUACUCUCUGGCACAACUUCUGUUGAUUGCAUACAAGGCAUUGAAGAAAGUCCCUGCGGUUCCAUCCAGGCGCUAUGCCUGGAUGCUGUUAGCUGGUGAUCAGACUGAGUCGCCCGUCCACCGUCGUCUCACCGCGCGUCUCUGCCCCAGUAUUGGAUCGUGGCCUCCACAACUCUCCUCCGUCCAGAUCGGCUGCGACCUACAAUGCUUGGUUGUGCGGGCGUCCCUGAUUGCUUGGGCGAGACGUUGGGGCAUUUUUAAUGCACGAUGAACUUUUCUUUACAACGGUGAACAUUUUUCUUAUAAUAUGAACGUUGAACAUAUUUUGAAUGCAAAUUGAAUAUUUUUGUAAUAUAUGUUGAAAUAUUUGCUUAAGAUAUGAAGAAAAGUUUACUUAAUGCACAGUGAUUUUUUUGUAAUUUAUGGUGAGCAUUUUCUUAAUACACGAUGAGUUUCAAGAGCAUUAUGGUGAACAUUUUCUUAAUA